GGUUUUGGAGUGUUUAGAAGAGAAGAAAAAGAACCUAAGUGCAACUUGCCACCAGAAGGUAUUUUUCAUUGAGCUUCAAGACUUGACUGACAGCUCCACAGAUUAUACAUUGCUCUUGACCUGCAAGCCUAUGAUCCGACUCUUUUGUCAGCAGUACGAUAAAUCUCAGGCUCUCAUGUGUCUAAAGAAAUACAAGGAUGAAGUUUCAUUUGACAAUAAGUGCCGACUUCUGGUGAUGCGGCGGAUGAUAGAGCAGACGAGUGACUACAGGUUCAACCCUCUGUUGGCCAUAGGUUGCCGCAUGGACAUAGACAAGUUCUGUAACCAUAUUGUGGACCACCAGCCUAGAGAUCAGGAGCUGCAAGGAAAAGUCAUCAAAUGCCUUAAGGUGAAAUUCAGAGAGGGUAAGCUGCGAAGUGAGUGUGAAGUUCAAAUGGCGAAUGUACUACGAGAAGCUGCAUUGGACUACAAGUUGAAUCCUUUACUUCGGAGUUUGUGCCAAGAGGAGAUCAACAGGCUGUGCCAAGACAAGGACGAUGGCAAAGGGGGAACAGAAGAAUGCCUGAAGGUGGCCCUUCUCCAGGGUCACAUCACCAGCAGAGCAUGUAAGCUGGAGGUCGCAGGGCUCAUAGAGGAGGCCAGAGCUGACAUACACGUGGACCCCAUCUUGCACAAGACCUGCUCCCUGGAUCUGCGAAAGUUCUGCUUCGACAUCGAACAAGGCGCAGGACGACAUAUACAGUGCCUUCUGAAUGCUCUAUCAGAACACAAAUAUUUGCAAUCAGACUGUCAAAAAAUGCUCCAACAAAGAGUGGAAAUGUUCAAAAACGCUGAUGAGGAGAUAAAAAAUCAACCUGAGAAUGUGGGUGAACUUUUGGCCCAAGUAUCGCAUUCACCAUCGAGAAGAUACUUCAUGCUGGUGACUCUCUCUUUCGUAGGAAUGGUGUUCAUCAUGGGAAUGUUCUUGGGUCGGAUGACAAGGAGGACUAUACUGAUGAAGAACAAGUGAUACACCAACAUCUCCGAUUAUCCUGGAGAUUAUCACUCCCGACUGGUGAAUAUCUAAUUGGCCAAAUAUCAUUGUUAUUUUCAAACUCGUGAGACGGCUUUGUGUUCUUUAUUACACGCUUGAGUGGUGGAUUUUUUACUUCAACAAAAGUAUUGUCAGUUUUUUUUAUCAGUUGCUAGUUGGUUGAAUUUUGGUUAUUGAUAAUGCGGAAUUAUCCUGCUUUGGUUUGUCUGUUCUGUUAUAAGUAAUCUUAAGUCAUUGUGCUAAGUUGUCUCCUUAGUCUCCACCUGAUCCUAAAAUUAAAACAGGGUCUGGAAAACAGUAGAAUGGUCUCAUCAGGCAGAAAACUAUUUUAAAAAUUGAAGAGUGAACCAUUUUAUAUUAAAUAUACAAGAAUAACAAAUGUAUGACAUUUACACAUUUUGUCUGUGUAUAGUUGUUCGUUUAUAAACAAUUUAAUAGAUGCUUUCUAAAAUGAAGAAUCUCAACCCUUGACCUUUUACUCUCAAAACCAUUAGUUGCUUGAAAAUGUUGACAUUUCUUAUGUAUUUUAAAAAUUGAUCAUUAAAUCAAGAGAUAUAUAAUGACUCCAUCUGAUACUAACCAGAUCAAAACCAGGUAUGGAAAUGAAAGUGGAAAACCAUUUUAUAUUAUGUUUUUAUAUCAUCAGUUAAAACCUAUACAAUUUCUGCAAGGGAUUAGAGAAAAAUCGUGUUACAUGUAACCAACUGUGUUGAUGUAAACAUUUAAUUUUAACCCUUCAUUGGGCAGAAUAAUAAGUUCCGUUAUCAAUAGCACACUGUAUGAAAUGUACAAUUUAACCCUUUUAGUGCCAAUGUAUGGAAUUUUGAAAAAUUACCAAGAAAUGCCAGUGUUUGUAUAUAUGGACGUUGCAAACAAUGCCAACGUCUGUAUAUGGACAUUCACAGAAAAUAUUCUACUGUUAUAAUUUUUUAACGUAUUAUAAAUUUAUUUGUAUAUAUAAACAAUUAGAAUAAACCAGAUUACAAGAAAGGAAAUAUGUAUUGCAAUAUUUUAAGAUUAAUUACCUCUUUAGUUUCAAACUUAGUAUGAUACCACAAAAACAGUUAAUAUAUAGUUUUCUAAAAAUCAACGUAACUUUUAAAGUUUAUAAAAUAUUAAUCAAAACGUAUUAUGUUUGAAUUCAGUUUCAUUUUCUCUUUUAAGUGAUAUUGUGUUUUAUAGUGAAAUAUUUUUUUCUCAUGUGAAACUGAAAAAAAAAUAUAUUGUAAGGAAAUAUUUAUAU